AUGGCGUGUUCUCAAACUACACAAGAUACUGUAUUCAUUGCUGCCAUUGUGCUGUCAAUGAUGAGCCUCAGCCAGUGUGUGGAGCUGACGUACGUCAUCAACGAGGAGAUGCCUGCAAGGACUCGUUUAGGCAAUGUCUUGGACGACGCCAACAUCCGAAAGAUUGUCCGCCAAGCUGAGAUCUCAGAUUUGAGAUGUACACUCCUGACGGAGGGAAACCCGCAGUCUUCUUUCUUGUGGAUCAACUCAACCAGUGGAGAACUGAGGACAUCCAUCAGAAUAGACAGGGAAGAGAUUUGUCCCAGGCUGACGGUUUGUGAGCUAAGAGUCAAGACUGUAGUUCAAGCACUCUUAAGCGCUUUCUUUCAAAUAGUUUACAUUAAACUGACUGUCAAUGACAUCAAUGAUAACGCCCCAAACUUUGACCAUUCAACCUUUACAGUCAAGAUUACUGAAAGCGAACCACUGGGAGCUUUCUUCCGCAUCCCAACGGCUUCAGAUCUUGACACCGGGAAGGGAAACACCCCAUUGAAGUACACUCUAUUAGACCGAACAACGCCUUUCUCGUUGGUCGUUGACGAGGUCGGUUCAAAGCCUAAUGGUAUCAGAAUUCGGCUCGAUUCGAUCUUGGACCGAGAAACUGUCCACUCUUAUCAGCUGCAUGUCCUGGCAGUCGAUGGCGGAGAUCCUCCGCUGACCGGCACACUAACGGUCAAUAUUGUAGUACUGGACAUUAACGACAACGCUCCGAUAUUCCAGGGGGAGCCGUACAACGUCAGCGUUUCGGAUAAUGUGACGGUGGAUUCAUCAGUUCUGGUGGUUAAAGCUGGAGAUCCUGAUGACGGGGAUAACGGUCUUGUGACCUUUGUCUUAGCCACGGCCCAGAAAGACGUCAAGGUCAUGGAGAUGUUUUACAUCAAUAGAUCAACAGGGGAAGUAAAGGUGAAAGCUCCGCUGGACACAUAUGCCGGACACAGUUACAGACUGACCAUCCAAGCUGUUGACCGUGGAAGCCCUUCCAAGACAACCAUGACACAAGUGGUCAUUUCUGUGCUGGACACACACAACAGCCGGCCAGCCAUCCUGCUCAACAUUCUCGGAACUGCGGGUGUCGCACAAGUAUCGGAGCUGGCCGAAAUCGGUCGAGCAGUGGCGCACCUGGCGGUGAGUGACCCCGACUCUGUCCAAAGCUCUAACGGUCAGACGUCCUGCUAUCUGAACAGCACUGACCAGUUCCAGCUGCAGGCCAUGGAUGACCAGCAGUUCAAGGUCAUCCUGACCAAACGGCUUGACCGAGAACAGCAGUCACAUCAUAGUGUAACUAUCAUUUGUGAAGACUCGGGAUCGCCGCCUCUGAACGUCUCCUCCAGUUUUGCUGUGGAAGUUGGCGAUGAGAACGACCACGCCCCUGUUUUCAGUUCGGCUUUUUACGCCGUAGAGGUCAUAGAAGGAAAGGUCAACAAUAACACCAUAUUGACUGUUAAAGCCACAGAUGCGGACAUAGGUCCGAACGCCCACAUCACAUACCGCUUGGCAGAGAACACCGACCCUGAUUUCGGGAUCUACGCAGACGGAUCCAUUGUUGUGACAAGCCCCGCUGGGCUAGACCGGGAACACAGAAUCAGAGGCGGGGUCAGAAACGUUGUGGUUCUAGCUGUAGACGGCGGGAGCCCGCCAAUGACCGGCACUGUACAAGUGGUCAUCACGAUUAAAGAUAUCAACGAUAAUCCGCCCAGAUUCUCCGGGCCUGCCUUUUUCUUCACCGUCCGAGAGGACAGUCCAGCUGACCACACUGUAGGUAGCAUCACAGCCACUGACGCCGAUUUAGAAUCAAGUGGCCACGUCCUUUUCAAGAUCUACCACAGAAAUACAAACGCUAUUCCUUUCCGACUGUCAACGGAAGGCGAAAUAAAAACAAUUUCCGGACUGGAUAGAGAAAACAAAUCCAGUUAUGAAUUCCUUGUUAUUGCUUACGACAUGGGGAAGCCAGUUGCCUUAUCUUCAACUGUUGUAGUACGAAUCAAAAUUUUAGACGUGAACGACAAUUCUCCAACAUUUCUGUUUCCUAGCCAGAAUAACAGCACAGUGCAUGUUCCUUGGACACUCAGCCAGCGCCUUAUUUUCGCCACACUUCUGGCCACUGAUUUGGAUGAAGGAGAAAAUGGCGAACUAAUGUACUCAUUAGAAAAUAUCAACAGCUCUCAGAAGUUCGAAGUUGAGCCCAGUUCGGGGCAUGUUUUUCUAGCACAGCCACUCACAGAAAGGGAUAUUGGUGUCAACAUUAUCACUGCUGUUGCCCAGAACCCUUCCUCAGACGUUCAGCUCUCGAAGUCAACCCUUUAUGUCAUAGUCUAUGAAGGCAACAGCACCGUCUCUCACAAACCCAGUGCAUUCGGUGUCAGAAAUACGGUUGUUGUAAUUGUUCUGUUGGUGGUUACAGUUGUCGUUGCUGUGGGGAUACUUUUGACUAUUCUUCUCCUUCGCUUGGUGGACAAAGACAAGCAAAAGAGGUUUUACAGCGCAAAAGAGGAAGGGGACAAAACCGAAUCAAAGCUAAAACAUGUUAAUCUAUACUUCGCUGGUAAUGGGGAUACAUUCACGUCUGCUGAUGAUGCGACAACUGGCAGCAACGAUGGAGGAAGGAAGAGAAAGGAAGUCAGUUUCUCUCUGGAGGAAGACAGUAAUUCUAGCAGCAGUUAUAGAAUGACCAGCUCAAAACUAUCUGACAUUCGCGAUUUUUCUUCAGACAGAGUUCAGCAGACA